UCAAAUCUCAAGUCUCAACGUUCGUUUAAACUCCUCAUACGUUACAUUUUAUGCAAAAAAGAAAACCUUUUGAAACGCUUUACAUACCAACCCCCUUCAAAAAUCUCCCUCCUUCCCCCUUUUCUGAGAAAAAACCCUAAUCGCCAUGAACGAAGUCGAUCGGAUUUCUGUCUAUGACGCUCUAGGAGGCGGCGCAGUUGCGGAUACAUUGCUAUGGAGGAAAUGCUACGGAGGAGUUGUGAUCUUAAUUGGUUCAACAGUCGUGUGGCUCCUGUUUGAAAGAGCAGGAUAUAACUUCUUAGCAAUAUUCUCCAAUUCUCUACUCCUUUUGGUUGUUAUCCUCUUUUUCUGGGCAAAAUCUGCGUCUCUUCUUAAUAGACCUCUGCCCCCAAUCCCUAACCUGGACAUAUCAGAAGAAUCGGCUCUCCUAGCUGCUGAUGAGAUACGAUUGCGGAUUAAUACUGUUUUAUCAACCUUGCAUGAAAUUGCGGUUGAUGGAAACUUGAGAACUAUAAUUUUGGUUGCUUUUGGUUUGUGGUUGAUUUCCUUUAUUGGUAGUUUGUUUAACUUUCUUACGCUGAUAUACAUUGGGGUCCUUCUUACUUUCUCAGUUCCUAUCCUAUACGAAACAUUCCAGGCUCAAUUCCAAUUUCUCAAAGGAAAGAAAAAAAGGCCGAAUAAUAGAAUGAAGGAUGGAAGCUUUAGAGUUAGUUUUGUGAAUUACUUGUGUGGGCAUGUACUUUUGGUUAUAUUCUGCUAUAGAUUGGAGAGAACUUUUAAUGAUUGGAAGGAGUUAUAGUAUUGUUUGGCUUUUGGAUAUAUACUUGGUGAAGUAUUUGUUGGAGUUUUGG